AUGUUCCAGAGGUUCAUUUUGGAAUUUUCAUCUCGACAAACGUUUAGAAGAAACCCCAGACAUUUUGUUCAUCAGAAGAUACCUUCUCAUCUAUCUUCGCGAAAGGAAUUCUCAAAUGCAUCUAGACCAUCUUUGCAAAAGGAAUUCUCAAAUGCAUCGAGACCAGCUGGUGCCUCAGCUCCUGGUUCUACAGGAAAGCCGCCUGAGUCUCAUGAUAAAUAUCUUGAGAAGGAGAAGCUUAGUGACCCUCAGGAAGUUCUGAUAGACGAUGCCAUUGGAGAUUUGAAGAGUGGACAACUUACAAAAGAGGAGUUAGUUUCACCCAGUCGUGAAAAGUCUGACAAUGAAAAUCCUGCUGUAGAGCAUGCAGAGCAGAAGGUUGAUACCAGUCUUUCUCAGCCAGAAAUUAUAAUAGAAGAAUUCGAUCAUGAUGAUGAAACACAAGACCAAGAAGCUCAACGAGAAGGAUUAUUCUCCAUGGGCGGAGAUCAGAAAACAUUUAAUACAACAGUUAUGGCUAAUCAGAAUAUAAACACUACCUUUCAAAGAAAGAAAGUUGAGAAUAUUAUUGAAGUUACUGAAAAGCAAUCUGGUUUGACAGUAAGCCGACAUCGUCAGAUUUCACACCAUCAGUCUCACAAAGUGACAAAUCAGACAGUUAUUGAGAUUAAGGAUCAAAUUAUCAGAGCCAGAGCAUACUUGGGAUUGUCUCCACCAAGCAGCACCUCACACUUGGUGAAGGAGUUGAAGCUGAGAAUUAGAGAGAUGGAACGUGUUGUUGGAGAAGCUACCAAAGAUUCAGAUCUUUCAAGGAGUGCUUUGCAGAAAAUGAGACGCAUGGAGGGUUCACUGUCUAAAGACAACCGUGCUUUCCCGGACUGCGCUGCUAUGGCUGCUAAGCUCCGUGCGAUGAAUGAUAAUGCUGAAGAACAAGUUCGUUCUCAUCAACACGAAGUAACCCAUCUUGUUUAUCUUGCUGCUAGGACCACCCCUAAAGGCUUUCACUAUCUUUCUAUGCAACUAACUGCUGAUUACUUUUCCCUGAGACCUGAUGAUAGAAAGCUGCCAAAUGAAAAUAAGAUUCAUGAUCUGGAACUUUAUCAUUAUGCUGUCUUCUCUGACAAUGUUCUGGCAUGUGGAGUGGUUGUUAACUCAACUGUGUCUAAUUCCAAGGAACAGGAAAAACUGGUUUUUCACAUAGUUACCAACUCACUCAACUUUCCUUCAAUCUCAAUGUGGUUCUUAUUAAACCCUCCUGGGAAAGCUGCCGUCCACAUACAGAACAUAGACAAUUUUGAUUGGUUGUCCAAGUACAAUACAUUCAAGAAACAAAAUGCCAGAGAUCUGAGAUAUACUUCUGAAUUGAACUACCUCCGUUUCUACCUGGAAGAUAUCUUCCCCACUCUAAAUAAGAUUUUGCUCUUUGAUCAUGAUGUGGUGGUGCAACAAGAUCUCAGCACGCUAUGGAAUAUUAACAUGAAUGAAAAAGUAAUAGCAGGAGUUGGGACUUACCAGGAAGGUGAAACUUCAUUUCGCAGGAUGGAUAUGUUCAUAAACUUCUCAAAUCCAUACAUUGCAAAGAGACGGUGGCACAUUCUUGGCCUUGGUUAUGACUCGGACAUUGACACAAAUAAGAUUGAACAGGCUGUUGUUAUACACUUUGAUGGAAUUAGGAAGUCAUGGAUGGACAUUGGUUUGGCAAGAUACAAGAGUUAUUGGUCCAAAUUUAUCAAUUUUGACCUCCCUCUUUUGCAACGUUGCAAUAUCCAGGCGUAG